AUGGCAGAGAUGGAUUGUAGAAUUGCAACACAUUCGCAGUAUCAGGAUACCAAGAUGUUUCCUGAUGAUUCGCAGUACCAAGUAUACCAAGAUGAUUCAACUUUGGCACUUUGGUCGACCUUUCUACGAAUGCUGAAUGAUUCUGCGCAAAUCUAUUGUGCUUUUGUCAUUGGAAAAUGUCGUAAUGCACCUGUACGAGAAUGGUCAAUCCCUCGUUUGGAACUACAAGCCGCAGUUCUGUCUUCACGGUUGCAUAAGUUAAUCUACGACGAGCUACAAUUUCGAGGACAUUCGUUUGGUCUUAUUCUAUAA